CUCAAACCGGAAAGUAUGAAGCUGUCAGUGUUGGCGAUUCUUUCCCAUAUUCUUGUUGUGUUUUCAUUAGUGGGCGGUGCAUCCAUAGACAGGUAUGAGAGCGAAAAGCCUUUACAGACCUCUGUGAUUCACCUGUUACGCACAUCCGAAUCACAAAACGAGAAAAGACCUGUUGAGGACAGCAAGCAUGCAGACCCCAAACAGGAGGAAGAGGUGGAAUAUUACUAUGAUGAUGAAGAAGAAUAUGAUCUGUCGGGUGAUUUUGAAAUGCCUCAGGUUGCAUUUUCACGCAAACCUAAGGACUCAAGCCCAGGGGUGGUUCCAGACAGGAAUGAAGAGAUUAAAGAAAGAAGUCAGCAGAAAGGAAAGGGGAAAGGAAAAGGCAAAAAGAGGAAUCCUUGCCUUAAGAAAUAUAAAGAUUUCUGUAUCCACGGAACGUGCAAGUAUUUAAGGAAGAUCGGCCCCUCAUGCAUAUGUAACUCAGGCUAUUCUGGAGAGAGGUGCCACUUUUUCUCAUUGCCUGUCUGGACUCGUGAAGAAGGUUAUAAUCGAACGACAGCCCUUGCAGUGGUAGCUGUCGUGCUGUCCUCGCUGUGUCUCACCAUCAUUGGUCUCCUGUUGGCCCUCAGAUUUCACAAGCGAGGCACAUAUGAGGUUGAGAAUGAGGAGAAGGUUAAGCUUGGUGAGACCACACACCGUUAAAGCACAGGUGCACAUGGAAGACCAUGUGGAAAUUCUACCUCAAAAUAAAAUAGAGAAGUGGAACGCCAAUAUGCAGAGCAUGGCACAUUGCAAGCAUUCAUCGCAAAGUUGUGGUGCCGUGCUAGAGUACCAGCCUCUCUCCUCUCAUAUACGAUUCAUUGGGAUGUUCAUCAGGCACAAACGCAAGCACUUCAAAGCCCUAUGGGUCCCCAUGAAAAGCACUGAGGUUUAUUUUAAAGGAAAAUGUACCUUGCGUAUUUUGUUUGCGGACUUAUUUUUACCUGUAAAAAGGAUUUUUAGGCGUGUACAUAUUGAUUUCUGUCUUUUAAUUUAUUUAUUUAUAUGCCUUAAUAUUUAUUUAUACCUUUCAAACCUUCCUGGCCAUGUGUUCAGAUUUAAUAAUAUUCUAUUUAUUAAAAUAUCAAAGAUAUUCUAAGAGUCUUGAAUUAUGCAAUUAAAUACUGUUUUAGUAUUUUAAAGCUUUAACAAUUCAUUGCCAUUAGCAAUUUCAGCAUUUCUCUCUUUAUUUCAGUGUUACUUGCAUCCGUGUUAUAUAACACCAUAGGAAUAGGAAUAGGAACAUGUCAACAUGUUCAAACAACAUCAGUCAGUAAAGUUCUCACAGUGUUAAUGCAGAAGAGAGUAUGGUCUAUAAAAUGUGAAUUAAACUUUCUGAUA